AUGGCUUGUGUCGCAACACCCACAAAAACAGUCUACGAAACUACCCAAAUACCCUCUAUAACAUCUUAUUCCACUACCUUUCUCUCAACUUUUCUCGGCGCACCUACCGUAUCGUAUUCAACCUUGGCCACUUCGAAAUGUGACGCUUUCGGAUUAGCUUGUGUUCCCACUUCCACACUCCAGCCAUAUACCGUAACUCCCACCGAAACCAGAACUGUACCUACAAUUAUAACCACCAGUACUUUGGUCACUUCUCUCGUACCUGUCUCUACACAAUGGUCCACUUGUCCACCUGGUGCAGAUGACGUGACGCAUUCUUCAAGUCAAUCGACUUUAGGCUUUGCACAAUUUUCAGGAGCGGUGACUAUGCCUUCUUCUUCCUCUUCUCCCAUACCAUCUCCCACCAAUCCGGCCGGUCCAGACACCACCAACACUCCUAAAGCAGGUAUCAGUUCUAUUCAACCAGUCCAAAAUAUCCAAUCGAACCCGGCAAGUGAGAUAAGUGUAGGGAGUGGAAGUACGACACAAGGACAAGGACAAGGACAAGAGAUCGUCUCUGGUACUGAAACAAUCACCGCUACAACCUCUAAUUCUCAUUCGUCUGUUCCGGCAAACGGAGGUAGUGGUGGAAGUUCAGGAAAUGGAGGAAAUGGAUCAGGAGCUGAUAAAGUCGGAAGUCAUAAAUCUACCAAUGGGGCAGUGAUAACAGGUACGAUAGUAGGAGUUUUCGUUUUGUUAGCAUUGGGAAGUUUCUUGUUCAUCACGUUGAGAAGAUAUUGUAAGAGAAGAGAGAGAGAAGCACAGACUUGGGGUGAUGAAUAUUGGGAAAGAAGAUUUCAAGAGUUGGAAGCGGAGGGAGGUGAGGGGUUGGAUGGAGAGGAAGGUCAUGAAGGAAAUGAGAGGAGAAGAAGUCGAAUGGUCGAGAAUGGGCAAGGGGAUGGCACGGAGAAGAUUGAUUUGGAGAAAGAAGAUGGUUGGAUGAAUCUUCCACCUAAGAAAUUGAGGCUCACUCUCGAUCUCAAAUCUAAAGAUCUCCCUUCUCGUCCACCUUCCACACUCUCAAUGAUUUCUUCAUUCUUCAAAUUCCGUCCUUUGCCUUCUCCAUCCACCACUGCUCAAAUAGCCCCUAUUCCCGUCCCAUCACGUCGUACGAAAAAAGGUAUAAACUUUUCACGUCCUCUUCGACGUAUAUCCGUAUCUACAACUGCUUCCCGUACUUCUGGUAAAUCUGGUCGAUCAAAUAAAUCGAAAAGUACUUUGGGGCGAUUAAGUCAAUUUAUCAAUAUCCCGGGAUUCCCUCCUCUGCCAAGUGAGAACAACGUUGAAUCGGGAGAAAUGCAAGAAAUGAGACAAAGGGAUAAUAAUGGAUUAAAUUGGAUGGGAUGGUCAGAAGAUGAUAAAUCUAGAGAUUUGGUAGGAAUUGGAAAUGGAGGUAGAUAUGAAGAAGGAGGUGGAUUUGGAAAAAGAGCAAAUGAACGUGAUGAAGAUGAGGAAGGAGAUGAAGGUAGAAGAGGAAUGGAAUGGGUUAAAACUAUAUUCGAUCCUGAUGCUGAAGAUUUACCUUCGGCUGUUAUAGCGGCUACUGUUAAUUCCGUUGGUAUGGGAGGAUUAAGACCACCACCAAGACAAAAUAGUCCACCUUCGACAUUAUAUCAGGAUCCACGAGAAACGAGACGAAAUCAAGUAGAAGCAAAGGAAAAGGAAAAGGAGAGGGAGAAAAGAAAUUCAUUAAAUUCUCAAUCUAAUAUUCGACAACUCACUCCUCCUAAACCUCAUCAAAUUGAAUCAUCGUCAUCUUCAUCUUCUGGUGAAUCAUCAAAGAAAAGAUUAUCGAAAGAAAAACAAAAUCUGAACAAGAAAACACAUCGACCACCAGAUUUAAGUUUAAGUAAAGACGCACUUAAUCCAAGUUUAUGGAUGGAUGAUGAUGUUCUCGCACUUGCCAAUACACCCACGGCCACAGUUGAAGUUUCACAUUUUUCACCAGAAACAACUCGAUCAAGUUUCAGUUCGGUAAUGGUUCCAGUCAUGGCGUAUUCUCAACCUGGAAAAAGAAAAAGUCGAGAGAUACAUGAAGAUGUUUAUGGAGGUUUAGCAAGAGAACAAAGUAUGAAAGUAUUUUCUAAAAAUACGAAAGCGAGUCAAACACGAUCAGAAGAUAACCACUUUAGAAAAUCAGACGAUACUGGAAUUAAUGGCAUGACUUCUCGGAGCUCCGACAUGUCGAAUGCAGGGUUAGAAAGAUCAGAAUCAUCGGUUUCAGGAAUGGCGGAUGUCGCGACUUUAGGUAAAAGUGUUACGGGUAGUUGGAGAAGUGUCAGUACUGAAGUUAGUAAGAAGGAUAAUACGAGUAAUGAAACGGGAAGAAGUAUGACGAAUAUUGGGGAAAAUGAGAAAUGGUCAAAAUCUAGAUCAGCGGUAACACCAGUUUUACCAAAUAUACCAAUAGCAGGAGGAAGUUUGAUGUCUGGUGAUUGGCCUUCUUCAUAG